GGACACUGGAAUCAUGGCUGACGACAAACGAGUGGUGUUGGCUUACAGUGGUGGCCUGGACACAUCAUGUAUCCUCGUUUGGCUACUAGAGCAGGGUUACCGAGUGGUCGCCUUCUUGGCCAAUGUUGGACAAGAUGAAGAUUUUGAAGCAGCCAAGGCCAAAGCAGCGAAAUUAGGAGCCGAAAAGAUGGUUAUACCUGACGUGAGGAAGGAGUUCGUGGAAGAGUUUAUCUGGCCGGCUGUCCAGGCUAAUGGAGCAGCAUACGAGGACAGAUACCUCCUUGGCACUGCUCUGGCGCGUCCCUGCAUCGCAAGGGCCAUGAUCAAGGUUGCAAAAGCAGAGAACGCUCGGUACGUUUCCCAUGGUGCAACAGGGAAAGGGAAUGACCAGAUCCGAUUUGAGCUGGGAGCGUAUGCAUUACACCCCAAUAUAGAGGUAAUAGCUCCGUGGAAAAUGCCGGAAUUCUACAACAGGUUUGAAGGAAGAAACGCGCUAUUUGAGUACGCUGAGAAAAACGGCAUUCCCCUACCCGUGACACCUAAAUCUCCCUGGAGUAUGGACGCCAAUUUGAUGCAUAUAAGUUACGAAUCAGGAAUACUUGAGGACCCAAAGACUGAGUUUCCUAAGGAUAUGCUACAGAUGGCUGUCCACCCGGAAGAUGCCCCAGAUAAACCAGAGAGGUUGGAACUGGAGUUCAAGAAAGGUUUACCUAUCAAGGUCACCAAUCUGGAGGAUGGUACAGUGAAGGAGGACGCCCUAGAGCUUUUCCUGUACCUAAACCAAAUCGGUGGAAAACACGGAGUUGGAGUAAUAGAUAUCGUAGAGAAUAGAUUUAUAGGCAUGAAAUCACGAGGUAUCUACGAAACUCCAGGGGGCGCUAUAUUGGCUACUGCUCACACCGACAUGGAAGUGUUCACCAUGGAUAAGGAGGUACGAAGAAUCAAAAGAGAACUCGAUGUGAAGUUUUCUGAUCAAGUUUAUAGAGGAUUUUGGUUCAGUCCAGAAUGUGAGUUUACGCGUUUCUGCAUUAAUAAGAGCCAGGAGCAUGUGGAGGGAACAGUUCGUUUGAAGGUCUAUAAGGGAUCUGUCUACGUGAUAGCUCGGCACUCUCCGCUCAGUCUUUAUAACGAGGAACUUGUCAGUAUGAACGUUCAAGGCAACUAUGAUCCUGUAGACGCUAAAGGUUUCAUCAAAGUGAAUGCUCUCCGAUUACAGGAGUACGAACGACUACGGAACAAGCUGGGCCACAAUUAA